AAACAAGUCUACCUUUGAUUCAAAAUGACUUCAAUUUCACUUGUGCUCUCCCUUUUGGCCCUUUUGAAUUUCGUGUGCAUCGUCUUCGCCUUUGAUGUUAGUCCUCUCCAAGAUUUCUGCGUUGCCGACUCCACCGGCAAGGCACUUUGCAAGGAUCCAAGCACUGUUACCCCGAAUGACUUUUUCCGAAGCGGCCUUCAUCUGCCGGGAAACACCUCAAACCCGUACGGCGCCGCCGUGGUGACCGCAUCCGCAGCCACCGUGCCGGGGCUCAACGGCCUCGGGCUGACGUUCAUGCGCGCGGAUUUGGCCCCUAAUGGCUUUUUCCCGCCCCAUUUCCACUCUAGGGCAACCGAGCUCGUGGUUGUUCUAGAAGGUUCCAUGGAGGUCGGGUUCAUAACCUCGUACCCUAGUUACAAGUACUACAGCAAGAUCCUCGGGCAAGGCGAUGUUUUUGUGGUCCCGGUCGGCCUCGUGCACAACGUGCGUAAUCUUGCUAAAGGAAACAGUGUUGCGUUGGUGGCCUUCAAUAGCCAGAAUCCCGGGAUUACAAAUCUUCCAAAUGGGCUCUUCGCAGCUCAACCUGAAAUCGACAGUGUUUAUCUUUCGAAGGCGUUUCAGUUGGAUGUCAAUAUUAUCAAGGACUUGCAGAAAAAAUUCUAG